AUGGACUUUAUCAGUAUUGCGCAGCUGUUUGGCUUGAUUGGCUCUGGCUUCCUUGCCGUGCAAACAACCCUCUUCUUCGGACACAUAGGCCUCGCAGGCUGGCUUCCACAGAUCCUCGCCAUCUUUACUCUGGCCUUGAACAUCCCGUUGAGUCACGCGGCUGAUUACUGGGGACGAAAAUGGAUCAUUGUCAUAUGCUCUCUUGGCGGCACGGUUGGGCCGCUGGUUAUUGCCCGGGCGAACAACGUGGCCACUCUGAUUGCGGGACAAUGCAUCUUCGGCAUCGCCUUUGGGUGUCAGUCCUCGUUCUAUGCCAUUAUAUCAGAAGUUCUGCCUCGAAAAUACCGUUCGGCCGGCCAGGCCUCCAUCAACUUUGCUACCGCCGUCGGCUCCAUCUUGGCUAUGCUGACGGCCGGCCUCCUCAUGCGUGGCGGCAAGCUGGAAAACUACCGCAUCUUCUGGUACAUUGCAUGCGGCAUAUACACUGCUGGUAACCUGGGUAUCUUCUUUGGCUACCGCCCACCCCCUCGAGAACUUCAAACUACCAUGAAUGACUGGGAGAAGCUCAAAAGUCUCGACUGGAUUGGGCUUGUCUUUGUGGCCGUGGGACUCACACUCUUUUGCAUAGGUUUAACCUGGUCCUCGAACCCCUAUGGAUGGGACGAUGCACAUGUCACAGCUCCAUUUGUUGUAGGCAUUGUACUUCUGAUCUGCUUCGGAAUCUAUGAAUGGCGUGGCACAGGCGGGCGAUUGAUAAAUCGCACCCUUUUCAAAGAUCGCAACUUUGCCAUCGCGCUCUUCGCCAUGUUCAUGGAAGGCCUCUCCUUUUUCACCACCAACAGCUACCUGGUCCGCGAGAUCACACUUCUCUACGACAGCGACACGCUCAUAGCGAGUACCCCGUUCAUGAUCGUCUUUAUUGUUACCAUCUUCAUGUCACCAGUCGUAGGCAUCUACACCACCGUCGCAAAGUCACUUCGAAACUCUCUUGUCAUUGGAUUUGUCUUCAUCACUCUUUACAACGCCCUCAUGGCUACUUUGACACCCUCAAGCCCCAAAGGCUGCGCUUGGGGCUAUCCGGUGUUUGCUGGUAUUGGUCUAAGCACCGUCAUCAUCAACUCCAUGGUCGCUGCUCAGAUGAGCUCUCCACCAGAACUCCUUUCUAUCACCAGUGGGUUUGUCGUCUCAGCCAGAGGAAUCGGCGGCGCUGUUGGCAUGGCAAUUAACAAUGCCAUCUUCAGCAGUGCCCUCGAGAAAAACUUGGGGAACAAGGUGGCUGCCGCUUUGGCACCGUUCGACUUUCCGCUUGACAAAAUCGGGGCCGUGAUAGAGGCUUUUGAGUCACAGAGCCAGCAAUUGGUUGCCCAGGUGCUUGAAGGGAACACAGAGAUGAUCGGCGCAGCCUUCACGGCCUACAAGAACGCCUACUCGAUUGCUUUUCGAAAUACUUGGAUAACGGCCGCAUCAUUCAGCUGUAUUGGAAUCUUCAUUUCUGCCUUCUUCCGGGAUGAUAAGUCUCGCUUUGACGAUCACAUCGAUGCAGCAGUGCAAGAGGACAUCGUGAGACACCAAGCGGAGAAGGAAGACAUCCAGCCUACGAUGGUUCACAGGGAGAAUUUACAGGAUCUCGAGAAGACGGCUUAG